CUUAGUAGAAUCGAAUAGGACACACACAACCGACACAGUUAUACACACACACACCGUUUGAACAAAAAAAAUAUAUAGGAAAAUCGUAAAAAAAUAAUAAUCAAACGGUAAAAAUCAUAGCCAACGAGUUCGCAACGUGCAACACAAUCGCGACUUGCGACUUGGACGCCCAGUCGCGUUGAACAGAUCUUUUGCACGGCUGCAAAGGAGUCCUUUCGAUCGCUCAGACAGAGCUCCAAAUUGGUAAGUUCAAAGUUCAAGGCUCGCGAAGGACUAAGAGUGGACCCCGAUCAAGUGGAAGCCGAGGGCCAAUCGGGCCAAGAGGCCCAACGGAGCCCCAGGUUCAAGCCACACCGACCACUGGUUCCAGCCCGAUUUCUUUUCCACUUUUGAUAGUUUCCUUCUCAACGCUUUCAAGAUGGUGAUCAAUCUGAAUCCGGGCACCUCGACGAACGCGAAUGCCAGCAACCACGGUGGCUUCGGCGACGGUAACAUCUUCGGCGGAAACGGAAACGGAGGCGGAAACGGUAGCGGAAAUGGCAACGGCAGCGGCGACGCCAGCGGAAGCGGAAAUGGCGCCGGCGGCGGUGGCGCUACCAGCAACCUGAUGGGCAUCAUUAGCCACUCGGUUUACGAGGGGAUCGUCUACUUGCACGUGAUCUGCGCCGGUGAAUCGACGGCCAAGUGGAUCACCUUGGACGAGGCGAUGGCCUACUGUCCCAGCGGCGUGGUGGCCUACACCAAAUUGCAGCUGGCCGAGAUCUACGGCGUGCCGAUGGAGCUGCUCUUCGAGUGACAAGAAGUGGCAUCCUCCGGGAUCCGGGAUCUUGGGAAAGGGAGCUGGAAUGGGAUUCGCGUGUGCUCUGCUCAUCGCUUCCACGGAAUUGCAUUUGAACUUUGGCACUGUUGUCCAAAUCUAGCAAAUCAAGUAUUUAAACUCUUGCUAAUUUUUCGCUUCACAAGCGAAAUCAAAAUCCUAAGUUCCCGUGUUACGAGAUUUUCCCCGAAAAAGGCAAAAAAAAAAAAAAUCAGCAACCGAUUGCAAAAAGUGAAGAUUUCCCGUCGAGGAGAAGACAUAUCUUUCUUGACUGGAGGAUAUAUAUACUUUUGGCAAAGCUCGGGGAUAUAUUGUAAAUAACGCUUGAGAGAAAUGUAUUUAAGCAGCUCAAAAUAAUUCAUAAAAAUCGUAAAUGAAUGUCAAAACCGUAA